CCGCAGACGACAUCUUCCUCGUCCAGUCUUCAGAUGCCCACGCAUGCUGUCCCUAUAGCCAGUUCUCUCACGACAUAUACUGCCGUACGUCUAUGCUGAUGGCUUCGCAUCCUCAUAGUACACCAAUAUGAGUGACACAUCUCCACGUCGCUCAUCCCCAUUGCGACCAUGCCCAACGGGAGCGACCUCGUUGGACAGCCCAUCUCCGGCAACACCACCUUCAAUUGGACCUGGUUCGUCGAAAUAGUGACAUGCUCCUGCUUGACACUCUUCUUUCUCUUCUAUUUCAAUCGUGUGUUUGCAACUUUGGUCUCGUACGGCCUAAGAGCAUACACCUGGCACAAGUAUCGAGUAUGGAUCGACAUUCAAGCCCUACAGAUCUCUCUCCUGGCCGGGAGGAUUUUUUUCAAGGGUGUUCGCUAUCAUGCCGAGAAUGAAACCGUCCUCAUUCAGAACGGCUACGUUACCUGGCGCUACUGGCAGCGCUCCGCCCGCCAGGUUGACCUUGCCACGCCUCAAACCUGCAAUCAAUACCCGAGAACAGAAAAAUCAUCCAAAGAUACAGAUGGCCCAGAGGGUACCGAGACAAGUUCAUCCGACGAGGAACUUGGGAAACCAUCCAGGUCACAAUCCCAGUCUGCGGAAGCACGCAUCGCAAUAUACGUCGGGGGUUUGGAAUGGUUUGUCUACAAUCGUACUCCAGUCUAUGAAUCGAUUCUCAACCUAGCGUCUGGUUCAAAUACAAAAGAAUAUCAAGAUGAGCAAUGUACCCAUUCGAUUCACCACAAGAUACGGCAUCGAACUGCCACCACACGUCCACAGUCUAAUGAUACGGUCACCCCUACUACUUCCUCCGCCUCCGACCCCCAGCAGCUAGGUCCAGGGGAGCUUCCAGUGCCUAUCUCGCGCCUCGAAACAAACACUUCUAUAGAUUCGGGCACUGAUGACCCCCAAUCAACCUCGGUUCCCGGUUUUUACUCCAUGAUUCUAAGGGCAUUGCCUAUUUCCCUUCAAUGCGCAAAAGGCGCUGUCACACUAGGCAACGAGAAUACAAGGGCUCUCGUCGUCACAACCUUUGAGUCUGCUUCAGGCCACAUAGAUGCUGGCGCCGCAGGUCCCUCCGACAUAUUCCGCCAAGUUUUUGACUUUGAUAUCGAGCGUCCGCGGGUUGAGAUGCGGCCAAAUCCUGACUACCGAAGCUCUCAGGCCUCUGCUGCAGAGAAAGCCAUUUCAGCUGCCGAAUCACUAAGGCGUCGAAGACGACCAUGGUGGUAUAUUGACAUUGGGCUUGGCCUCCGUCUUCGUCGUGUUGGUCAUAGCCUCAAGCACCUUGUUCCUGGAGUGCGAAGUUCGCGUGGCUCUCUUCGAACAUCGGGAUCACCGGAGAGGAAGCCGAGGGCACCUUUUAUGUAUGAAGGUUUUCAGGACGAAAAUCAGUCCUGGCACGGCCUCGGGCGCUAUCUGGACGAAGAUGAGAGAGACGACCAUGAGGGCUGGUCUCAUGUUGACUAUGCUCGCUAUUCACAGAUCCUCGACAGCCCCGCAGUUCACUUAAAUUUUUAUUGGGAUACACCCGGUGAGGUCACCGCAGAUUGUCUCCAACAAGAUUCUUCUGCAGGUGAUGUAGAUGCCCACGGCUAUAUACCUCCAGCUUAUGGUCUGGAUCUCACAGUCAAGGGAGGGGUCGUUAACUAUGGCCCUUGGGCCGACAGACUUCGUUUAGAGAUUCAAAAUGUUUUUCUGCCGAAUCCGUUCCGUUCUGUCACGCCUGCCGCACCACCCUCAGUUGGACAGCCACGUCAAAGUACGGUGAUGAACAUUCGGGUCGAUCUGGAAGAUGAAGUUAGCCUCCGGGUUCCCACCAAAGAACGAUCUAAAGAUUGGCUGUGGAGAGGAAGAGCACAUGCUGUCAGAGAGGCCGCUGCUGGUCGAAAACAACGUGAGAAGAAGCACUUUCGCUUCCGCAAAGCUGCAAAAGCUACACUUGGGCCCGAUGUCAGACCAUUCGGCUGGUUGACUGUCUCUGCCGGAAAGGACUCCACAGUCAGUUACGACAUGGACCUUGUACCCAGAAGUCAAGGGUAUGUCAAUCUUUUGCGUCUUGACCUGAAGGACACAAAAGCAUCCUCAAGUGUCAACCAUGCUCUACUCUGGAGGUGCAUCUCCCAAAAGGUGUCCUGCGAUCUUUCAAAUCCGCUUGUAUGGAACAGCCCACAUACCUGGAUUUUUGACAUCGAAAACAUGAGUAUGGAGAUGUUCCUCCUCAGAGACCACAUGUUCUUGUUGACAGAUUUGAUCAGCGACUUUACCGCCGGGCAAAAACCUGACUACAUGACAUUCGUACCGUUUGUUUACAAGAUCAAUCUCACCUUCCCGAAUUUGAAACUGUAUCUGAAUGCCAACGACUACAACAUCAUUGACAACCCCUGCGAUACUGAUGAGAAUGCUUUCUUGAUUCUUGGCUUUGAACAGCUGAUCGGGAAUGUUGACAUACCCUUGUAUCAUUUUGCGCCUCGUCAGAGCAGCGUCAAAUUCUCAGCCAGUGGUCACAAUGCAUAUCUGGAUUUGAUGACACCAUUGUGGAAUACUCUCAAUACCUUGGCCGAUAACAAAACGAUGGCGACCUUGAAAGAGCUCUCAUUAGAAGGCUCUUACAAUUACUACAUCAAUGUCAGCCCGCAUCUAACCGAUUCUCUUUUCAUGACAAUCACUGGCUAUUCCCCUGAGUUCUUUUUGCAUGGCUACCUUAUCCGCUACUUCAUGAAUGCCAAAGAGAACUAUUUCGGUGACAAUCUGCAUUUCAGAACUCUGGAAGAAUACCAAGAUCUACUCCUCGGACAUGAUGAUCAGUUGGCACGUCAAGGGUUGAAGAAGGAGAACGAUCUUGAUGUCAUUCUGACUGUCCGUGCAGACAAGUCCAACGUGCUUCUGCCUGCAAAUAUCUACACGCGGCGAGAAUGCAUCCGUGUUGAUGUGUUGCUGGUAGAAGCCGACAUGCGUUUCACUAAUUAUUAUAUGGAUUUACAGGUGAAUUCGAGCCCUCUAGAGGCAUCCGUGCAAACCCUAUCUGGCACGUUGAAAACACAGCCACCGCAAAUCACCAAUUGCCAACUUUUCGUCAACAGUGCAGGGAUAUUUGGCCAUCGCAUGUUUGGCGCUCCUCCCACAGAACCAACAUAUGUGUGUAAUUGGGAUAUCGAUGUCGGAGAAAUCACAGGAGAGUGUUCUACUCUAUUUCUUCAAACCCUCAUCAAUUCUAUUGGGGCAUUCGCCUACACUCUCGAUGACGACGAGAAUGCGUUGCCCGAGUUUCAAAAGUCAACACUCCAUGAUGUAACCUUCCUUAGGGUGAACAUGGCUGCACUACGUCUUUGGCUCACAACCUCAGGAACGGCGUUUCUUUUAGAGCUAUCAGAGAGUGACCUCUCUUUUGGCGACUUGACAGGCACAGAUUUCGCAAAGACAUUGAGGGCGCAUGUGCCCCAAAUCCUCGUCGCAGCAGUCGAUCGCAUUAGCGCAACCCGAAACCACAGCAGGCCUUCAAGUUCUGUCAGAACAUUUGCACGGCUCGAGACCUCUCUGACAAUAGGCUCAUUAGACAAAACAUCUAACCUCUCAGAGACUCGGGCAUUACAACAGCAACAUGUUCGAUAUCACGACCAGCGAACCCAUCGUGCCCAGUGGUUGUUGGAGACCCAGAAUCGGUAUCCACCAGAUCAUAAGCCGCGUGAUUGGGCACGCGAACCACCAGCAAUGCCAGCGCCUAUGAUGCCAGAACCGGUCUCCGUAUCAUACAGCGAGCUCACACAGGGGAGAUCACUUCUGCAAGGUCGUCAUGUAGCCAAACGGAAAAGUUCGUUUCUUGCAUCAAAGUCAUCAUUACACGGGGAAAGUUCCAGUCUACUGAACCAGCAUUCUGCCAGCCUCGGCCAGCCAAAUGCUAGAACGAGAAGCCGCUCAGCACGAACUAACCUCUCUGUUGCAUCGGGCUCCAGGGAGCCUUCUGAGAAGCUCGGCGAAAGUGGUCAUACGGAUCACAGUCAUGGCGCUUUCCAGACUCAUGUGGCACAGCCCAAGACGGUAGCAUUCUCGAGCCCAUGGACUGCGCCCCACUUCACACUUCACAACGUUCAACCAGACGCCUCAAGAGUGCCGACUGCAUUUGACUCAAGCUCCCGCAAUCCAGCCAGGUUACAACUUCAGAAAAGCGAUGUAAAUGACCCACACAUUCCUGAAAUUGACAACAAUCCCCAUAGCGGGGUUCUUUGCUUGAUAAAAGAUGGCCUGGUGGGAUUCUGCACUCCCGAACUAUUCACGUCAGUAGGAGAUCUGAUUCGUGAACUGAAUCAUGAUCAACCUGUUGACCAGCUUGACAAGAUUCAGAUGAGUGUAAUGAAGAAGCUUCUGGACGCCUUUCGGCAUGAGGGCCUCGGUCAAAUAACAGAUCUUGCGGUACAGUUGCCCUUUGCUCAUAUCCGCCUCAUCAACAGCACAAGGGACGAUCUUGGACCUCCUUCUCCUGGUGACUUGUAUGAUAUGAAGCUGUCUGGAGCCCAGAUUAUGCUUCGCUCUCAGCGAUUAAAAAUUGAGGGAUUGCAAAAGGACGGACUGGAGCCGCAUCGACUUGCCUAUGGAUCAAUCGAGGCCGUAUCUCUGACUGCCAAAGGCGAUCACGAUGACGCUUCCAAGCCAUCUGCCCAAGCAGAGAUGUCCUUGGCCAAUAUCGGCUUUUGGUUCUGGAUGAGGGAAGAAAUACGAUCGAAACUCCAACUCAGCAACCUAGACGUCGUCCUCUGGGCGGAACGAUUAGCGAACAUGGCAGGGCUCAUACAAAGGAGUCUUACCAUGGCGGAAAAAAUCACAGAUACUUUUUCGGACCUUGAUCAUAGCUUCAAGCCCAAACAUGUCAUCUACCAUCUCACGCAGGCUGGAUCUUCCGUCCCUGAUCCCAUAUUCCUUACGAGGCCAUCGUACGUGCUGCGCAGCGCUGACAAGCAUGUUCGACUCACGGAUUCAUGGAAGAUCAUAUCUCGUUUGCGUCAUAUUUUCAGUGUGCUGGAAAGGGAACACGGGCCUGAGCACCUUGGAGAGUGUAAUUGCAGCACCAUGGAUCUGGAAGGCCAGGCGAAAAGAGAUAUUCUGUCUCUUUUUGAACAAUGGCGAGGCUGGGAUUUUGCAAGAGACAAAGUGCCAAUUGUGAAUGCAUUUCUUGAAGAUCUCGCGGAACCCGCGCCUCACGCGCGUAUGAUGCGACUUGCAGCCUCUGCAGAAGUUAUAAUUGGGAAGUUGAGUGUUGUCCUGGAUCCUGGCCCACGACAGAGCGAUCUGGCUCUCCUGGGACUAGACCUGAAUGUCGCAUUAAAUCCUGCAAACGGCGGCAACGGCAAUUUAGUACCCGAACCGACCCAGAAUGUCAAAAUUCAGGCAUAUUUGGCCGACACAGCUCUUCACUUGAACUGGGCUCUCAUCGAUCUUGCACGCCAAGUCAUAGAGCUUGGAAACCCACUUUCGAGCACGAAGUCAGAGGCCGUCGACAAGGCCAAGGAAACUCUUGCAAGGAGGACGAGAAGAAGUUUCACCGUCGUUGUGGGCACUGAUACUGCAUCUAUUGAUCUCUCAUCUGCGAAUCUCAAACUGAGAUGGGCCGCAGAAAACUACCGAAGUGCCACAUCCUUCGAUGCAGGAGAUUCUGGGCCGAACAUAGCGUCUUUCACGGUGACAGCCAACACAGCGCUUGCCAAAGUCAAAAGCCAUUCACGGACUUUGCUUAUGUGGGGGCUUCGUUCACCGAAGAUGUACGGCUCAGUUUCUCCUCCACCUGCAACCCCUGGAAGAACAAUUGUGAGAUUGUGCGCUGCGUCGAACAGGUUCCGUUUUGAAAUGAGGGAACACCUCGUUGGGUUGUUAGAAGUCGUCGAUGCUGUGGUCAAUGAUGAACUCAAGAGCGUUCUCGCGCUUGUCAAACGACUUCCAAGCAAGAGCAAUGUCACAAGAACACAGAUUGAUCAAACAGAACAGGAGAGGCCCAACCUUGAUCUGGAUCUUCACGUUGCAAUGUUUAUGGACGAUUAUCGGUUGAGAUUUACGGUUGUCCCGUCCUUGCAGUAUUCGAUAGCAGGCCACGUCGCGCGAACUUCCGUCCUUCCAGGACCAGAAGGGGGGCUCAAAAUUAACUUUGACAUCAAGCAGCAUGAGCAUUCAUUCGAAGUGCCCCGCGGGAUCUCUAAAAACAGCCUGUCCAUUCUAAAUAUGCCGCCAAUCAACGGAAUGGUUUCUUUGCAGCAAAUGGCCAAGGUUGUUUCCCUCAAGGCACGAGUUACGAUCGAGCAUAUAAAUCUUGAGACUGCUGGAGUUCGGGCAUGCUUCGAUGCUCUUAAUCAACCAGGAGUAAUACAACUCUUGCCAGAUGCGAAGUCCGCGAUUGAGCGCCUACAGUCUGGAAUAGAAGAUGCUCUAGGACCUAGGUCCAACACGAGUAGUCCAGCUCAGAGCCAGCCUAGCCUUUUGCUUCGAUAUUCUCUGCAUGGAACACUUGCCGGAGUGAACAUACACAUGAGUGCCCCUCGUGCCCAAGGGGAAUAUUCAGCGCCGACAGAACUAGAGGCCAGGCUUGAGAGCACUACACUCUUCAUACAUAACGAGGCGCUCGAAGCAGAGUCAAUCUUUGAGCAACCACAAUUCACACUAGAUUCCAAAGGCAUCGGUCUGAGCGCUUAUCGAACCAGCGAACAUAACAAAAUCAAUGUGGGAAAGUGUGUGGUGGGCCUCAAAGCCUCCAGCAAGACAGAGACGCAUUCCAAGACUGGGAAUGUACAAGUGUUCCGGGUCUGGAGUGAUAGUAUCUCUGCAGAACUGUUUGAAGAGACAUCCGCUGCCGCAGUCGACGUCAUUGUAUACGUCCAAGAUCGUAUCAAAUCUAUCAAGCUUGCAGAUGAAUCGAACAACAUCACCAGGUUGCGAAGAAUGACCACUGCGGGUAUCACGGAUCGUUUAAAGCCGAGAGACCUUCGUGAGGAUAUCCUUGAAAGAGUUUCGACGAAUGAUUCUACGUCGUCAACGCUCUACCACGCAACUUACGCGCUCGAUCUCGAAAACAUCAUAAUUCGAUGGAACUUGACGAAGCACACGGUCCUAUCACCGACACGAGAGCCAGAGGACUUGGUCUUUUCGGUCCGCAAAGUUGACCUUCAGACGAGACAGGAAGGCACCGCUAGACUUUCAAUCUUGGACACUCAGCUACAAAUUGUGCCCCAGUCUCAAUCAGACCAACCUACACAAAGAACCGCGAAUUCAGCCCUUCUACCCGAAGUGGUGUUUGGCUCUGCGUAUCUUUCGACGAAGAAAGAUCGUCGAUUUGCCUUUCAAGCCAAGGGCAAGGCUUUGGAUCUACGCCUUGCUUCCGACAGCGUGAUUCCCGCUCAUGCUCUCCAAAAAUCAAUUGCCAAAGCGAGUGCAGAGCUACGAAAAGCCGCUUCAGUUGAUAUGGCUGCAACCUCGCAGCGAGAAACUUUGUGCACCAAGCCUGAACGUAAUGACUUUCUGAGUGGGAAGCGUCUGGCUUCGCUCUUGGUGGAUGCGGAUUUCGCUGGGGCAGUGGUCAAUAUCAGCCCUCGCCUUGAAGCACAACAGCAGACAUCCGUGUUCGGGUUCUUCAAGGGUAAAAAGCGCUCACGAGCUGGUCGAUAUGGACAAGCAGUGCAGGGCGACGGGGUAGCCUCAGCGGUCCUUCAAUCGCCUGGCGUCGCUUUGAAAAUUGAGUACGAAGAUGAUGGCCGGGAGGAUCCAUCGCUCAGCACAGAGGUCAAGGUUGCGGCUUCGUCGAAUACAUUAUAUCCUACUGUGGUGCCCAUCAUCUUGGAGAUAUCGUCGAGCAUCAGAGAGAUACUGGGUGAUGACGAGGACAAUGACAAUGCAUCGCUACCUCAGAUGCCGUCGAGCACUUAUCUUACGGACUCGGCAAUAACCAACAGUACGCCAACGGCGAUUCUUGGUAGGUGCAAGUUGAAUGCGGGUCUAUACAUCCAACGACAGGAAUUCAGCUUGAGCUGUCAGCCCAUAGCUCGCGUGGCUGCAACUACGAGGUUCGCAGACAUAUUUGUGACGGUCAAUACUGUGUCAGGCCCUGAUCAAGAGCGGUUCUUCGCCAUCUUGACUACAUUCAACAAGCUCCAAGCAUCUGUUCAGCACGUAUACUCACGCGAGUCAACGGCAAGCUUCGAGGUUGAGACGAUUGUCCUCUCAUUGAUGAACAGUAAACAUGUCAGUUCUACCACAGGCAUCUGUGCUAUCCUCAAUGUCAGCCCAAUGAGAACAGACAUCAAUGCCAAACAGUUGCAAGACUUUCUCUUGUUCCGAGAGAUCUGGUACCCCGCAGAGCUUCGUCGUACCACGAAAAGCGCAGCUCCGUUAGCCACAACUCAAGACCAACACGCAUAUGCAAUGCAGCGUUACCAGGAGCUUUCUGCUCAGGGCUCUCUACCGUGGCAUGCGAUUAUAUCCAUGCAAGAAAUCAAACUUCAGGUGGAUCUGGGACAAGGCCUGGGAACGUCGGCUUUCACCAUCUCUAAACUCUGGGCGUCGUCGAAGAAAAACAACGAUUCGGAGCAGAAUCUCUGUAUUGGCUUCGAAAGAGUUGGCAUUGACAGCAGUGGCAGAAUGAGCGGGUUCGUUGAGCUUGAAAAUAUGAAGGCACGAACGUCCAUAAGAUGGCCUGCAGACGGGGAGCCAAACAAGCGUGCCCCGUUGAUCCAAGCAUCUAUUGCUUUUGAUCACCUGCGCGUCAAGGCGGCGUUUGACUACCAACCUUUUGCGAUUGCCGACAUUUCGUCAUUUGAGUUUCUCAUGUACAAUGUCAGGUGCAACAAUCCGACAGGCAACGACCGGCUGGUUGCAAUUCUGGACGGGGGCAAAGUUCAGGCGUUUUGCACAACUGCGGCGGCGGGGCAAACCCUUGCGCUUGUGCAGGCCUUUGAGAGGUUGAUCCAGGAAAAGCAAGAGGCCUACGAGACGUCGCUACAUGACCUGGACAAGUUCUUGCGUCGCAAAUCCGUGUUUCCCUCGAGCAAUUGGGUGGCACCAUCUCGGCAGACAGCAAAGGUUGAUAAAGCAACAUCUAAAGGAACAUUUUCUCUGCACACAGACGUGGUGGUGAUGAUCAGAGUGCUCGAUGUGGGGGCAUUCCCCAACACUUUCUUCGACAAUCAAAUCCUCAAGGUUGAGGCCACCGAAGUACAAGCGCGGUUUGCCGUGGUGACACAUUCUCAGAAGAUUCACACGCGGCUAGGUAUGAGCCUAGGACAGGUUAGAGUGGCUCUAUCUAACGUCAAUCGUAUAACGACCAAGGCUUUGAGUGAAGUGUCCGUACCUGAUGUCAUUGAACGAGCAACGACGUCUCGAGGGGGUACAAUUGUCAAGGUGCCUCGGCUGGUGUCUUCCAUGGAGACGUGGCAAUCGCCGGACUCGAACGUGAUUGAACACAACUUCCGCAGCACAUUCGAGGGCAAGGUGGACGUUGGAUGGAAUUUUUCACGCAUCAACUUCAUUCGUGGGAUGUGGCAAUCGCACUCUCGGGCACUAGCACAACGACUCGGCAAGCCACUGCCACCAUCCGCUGUCAAGAUCACGACAGAGUCGCAAGGGGGAGAGAACGGGGGCCAGGAAAAGAUCACGGCGGUGGUGAAUGUGCCACAGUCGAAAUUUACCUACGUUGCCUUGACGCCUCCCGUGAUUGACACGCCUCAGCUGCGCGACAUGGGCGAGGCAACACCACCGUUGGAAUGGAUAGGAUUACAUCGAGACAAGUUGCCGGAAGCAACACACUCGAUUGGGAUUGUAGCCUUGCUAGAGGUGGCCAAGGAGGUGGAGGAUGCAUAUGCUCGUAUCCUUGGAGCUAGCUGAUGAAAUGUCUGCAUAGCGAUGGCGAUGGCGGCGUUGUUGUAUGAUUCUUGUUGUUUCACAAUGUGUCUAUCUUAUUAGUAAUCCAUGGUCAUAGUCAAGAUCAGACAAUGGCAAUUAUAGUCUGGAGCAUUCCAAUAAC